AUGUCUUGUGCUGUUGGCAGUAAGUCUGCUGCUGAAAUGUGGGUCAAUCUUAAACUGAAAUUUGCUGCUCCAAAUCGACAAAAUAUCCUACAGCUGAAAUCUAAUCUUCAAGGCUUAAAGAAAGGAGAUGCACUAGAAACUGUGGGUGUGUUUCUUGAUGAUGAAGACAUUGUGGUUGUGGUUUUGAGAGGAUUACCUUCUGAAUAUGUUGCAAUCAAGACAGUUAUUAGAGCUCAAUUUGUGACAUGUACUAUGGGAGAAUUGAAAACUUUGCUCAAAGCUGUUGAAGUAGAUAUUGAGAAUGAAAUGCAGUCUAGCUCCCCACUGAAUCUCACUGCUUUGCUAGCUAAAAACCAGGCAUCACCCCCAAGUUCUUCUGCUUCAUCCACAACAUCUCUUCAGGCUGCAAGUUCUUCCGGCUCCCCCACCAUUACACUUCAGUCUCCUAAUGCCAAUGUGCCCCCUGGAUUCAGUCCUUUACCACAAACUGCUCAAGUUCAACAACCUGUUGUAACUUCACAGCCUCCAUACAUUCCCAUACAUGCACUUCCAUAUGGCUUUUCUCCAUACACACCCUUUGCCAUGAGGGACACUUCUUUUCCAAUGACUGGAUUCUAUGUAGGAAGAGGAAGAAAUAACAACUUUACUGGUGGCAGGGGCAAUGGUGUUGGAAGAGGUGUUUUCUUUUCCAACAGAAACAACAAUGCUACUGGUGGAAAUGGGUUCAACAGAAACAAUGGAAACUUCAACAGUGGAAAUUUCUACAGGAACAACAAUAACAAUAAUGCUGGUGGCACAUCUAUUACUUGUCAACUUUGUGGAAAAGUUGGUCAUGGUGCAAAGACUUGCAGGUCACUCAACAACUUCAAUCCUGGAGGUGCUUGA